UCUUUUGAGAAAAGAAGAUCUUUAGAUGUGUUGAUAAAGUUUGGCACGACAUUUUUUCAAUUUUAAUAUCGUGAUAUGUGGUCGAAGCUGUAGUGUGUAUGGCAUUAUUCUCUGGUUAUGGAUAAGUGGAGUUGCGACAGUCUACGAUGUGAGAUACAAAAAGAAUUUGCAAGGUGGAUAUUAGAAGUGGUGUGAGGCCAUCCUGCAUCGUUUGGAAGUUUUCGAAACCAAGCCACUUCAAGUCAAGGACAAUAGCAUGAGAAGUGCAAUCUACUAUCUUUGGAUUAACGUUGAUUGUUCUUUUGUUUGCCACAACAAGUAAACAAAAACAACUUCAAACAACCCCGAAAGGUAAUAAAGAUACUACAAACCGACAAAAUACUUCGCAUAAUACAAGAAACCCUGUAACAAGGCAGCAAUCUCGCUCAGAAAACGCUUCACAAAUGUUUUACUCUCAACUAUCAACACAACCUCAAGAUCACUCAACAGUUGGAACUGGAUUGUUGACCAGCCAAUCUUAUGACGAGCAGAUGGAGACAAUACUUAUUCAAUCAACAUUUGAACAAGAGACCCUACAGAGAGAUCUUACAAGUCUCCCAUCAACGGAAAUUACAGAAACUGAAUCAACUCCUACUAUUUCAACGUUAUCACUUGUUGUAGAUACAGACUUUAGCAGUGCAUCCUUGCCCAUGUUCAAAGAGAUAUCUCCUUUUAGCUCAAUAAAAUCUACAACAUCUAUAAUGCAGUAUGGUUCACAACCAACGUCUUUGUCGUCUUGUAUUGAGGAGAAUUACACAAAUAGUAUAUUAACAUUAUCAGCAAAAGGCUCAGCUCAUUAUUCGAUAGUUACUGGAUAUCACUCAGAUAGCGCUGUCAGCUCCAGGACGGGAUUUCUUGCAAGUAAAACAAAGGAUAGUUCACUUAUUUCAGAAAAGUCUCUUGAUUACAAGAGCAGUGGAAGAGCGACUCCUUCAUUAACCAGACUUCCGGUGAAAACAUCGUCCAUGUUAGUUCAAAACACAAAAUCAACCGUAACUUUAUCUACUAUGGAGGAACAACCGAUGAUCGCAGACACUGCGCAGAAAAAUUAUCCUUCUUUAGUGCAAACACUACAAUACAUGUUUUCUCAAAAUAUGAUAGACGUUGAGACGUCGUCAAGUCGGUAUAAAAACAACGUCGCAACAAAAUCAUUUACAUCAUAUGAUGACGCGACAUUUUCAACACAGAAAGUACUUUUUUCUCAAAAUAAGAUAGACGCUGAGACGUCAUCAAGUCGGUACGAAAACAACGUCGCAACAGAAUCAGUCACAUCAUAUGAUGACGCGACAUUGUCAACACAGAAAGUACUUUUCUCUCAAAAUAAGAUAGACGCUGAGACGUCGUCAAGUCGGUAUGAAAACAACGUCGCAACAAAAUCAUUUACAUCAUAUGAUGAGGCGACAUUUUCAACACAGAAAGUACUGUUCUCUCAAAAUAUGAUAGACGUUGAGAUGUCAUCAAGUCGGAACGAAAACAACGUCGCAACAGAAUCAGUCACAUCAUAUGAUGACGCGACAUUGUCAACACAGAAAGUACUGUUCUCUCAAAAUAUGAUAGAAGUUGAGACGUCAAUAAGUCGGUAUGGAAGCAAUGUCGCAACAAAAUCAGUGACAUCAUAUGAUGAUGCGACAUUGUCAACACAGAAAGUACUGUUAUCUCAAAAUAUGAUAGACGUUGAGACGUCGUCAAGCCAGUAUGGAAGCAAUGUCGCAACAAAAUCAGUGACAUCAUGUGAUGACGCGACAUUGUCAACACAGAAAGUACUGUUCUCUCAAAAUAUGAUAGACGUUGAGACGUCGUCAAGUCAGUAUGGAAGCAAUGUCGCAACAAAAUCAGUCACAUCAUAUGAUGACGCGACAUUGUCAACACAGAAAGUACUGUUCUCUCAAAUUAUGAUAGACGUUUUGACGUCGUCAAGUCAGUAUGGAAACAACGUCGCAACUAAAUCAUUCACAUCAUAUAAUGACGCGACAUUGUCAACACAGAAAGUACUGUUCUCUCAAAAUAUGAUAGACGUUAAGUCGUCGUCAAGUUGGUAUGGAAACAACGUCGCAACAAAAUCAUUCACAUCAUAUAAUGACGCGACAUUGUCAACACAGAAAGUACUGUUAUCUCAAAAUAUGAUAGACGUUGAGACGUCGUCAAGCCAGUAUGGAAGCAAUGUCGCAACAAAAUCAGUGACAUUAUGUGAUGACGCGACAUUGUCAACACAGAAAGUACUGUUCUCUCAAAAUAUGAUAGACGUUGAGACGUCUUCAAGUAAGUAUGGAAGCAAUGUCGCAACAAAAUCAGUCACAUCAUAUGAUGACGCGACAUUGUCAACACAGAAAGUACUGUUCUCUCAAAUUAUGAUAGACGUUUUGACGUCGUCAAGUCAGUAUGGAAACAACGUCGCAACAAAAUCAUUCACAUCAUAUAAUGACGCGACAUUGUCAACACAGAAAGUACUGUUCUCUCAAAAUAUGAUAGACGUUAAGUCGUCGUCAAGUUGGUAUGGAAACAACGUCGCAACAAAAUCAUUCACAUCAUAUAAUGACGCGACAUCGUCAACACAGAAAGUACUGUUCUCUCAAAAUAUGAUAGACGUUAAGUCGUCGUCAAGUUGGUAUGGAAACAACGUCGCAGCAGAAACACAACAUAAUGAUGCGAAUUUUUUAACUACUUCGAAAUCAGGGCCUGAAGCAUACAGCGAUGACUCUGUUGCUCCAGAGUUCAAAAUAACAGCCAUAUCGCACUUGGAGAUUAACCCGAGCGAUAUUUCACGUUCACCAGUCGUCUGGAGAACUCCUUCAUUACAAAGUAUUCCUGUUAAAACUCCGUCAAUGUCAACACGAAACACGGAAUCAAUCGCACCGUUAUCUGCUAUGGAAGAACAUUCGAUGAUCACAGGAAGGAGCAGAGACGUUAUGGAAGGUGUAAUUUUUAUGGACUCAAUUAGGCAUUUCGGGCGAACGUCAAGAAACUUCAAUGAACAAACAUCUUCAAGUGAGCAGUCCAUGCAAAAGAAAUGUACUUCACUACAAGUGCAAGAAAGGUUGUCUUCUCAGAUAACAACACCAUUUCGGACACCAUCAAGUCAAUAUAAGAGCAACUUUCCAAUAACAACACCAAACGCAGCAUCUGAAAAUGUUUUGUCAUCAUUGUCCACAAGAUAUACCGGCAGUUCGUCAGUGUCACCCAAAGUUUAUGCAAUUAAUACAGAGACUUUGGCAACUGUAAUGGAAAUUAUUACAAGUCCUGCGGAAGGCUCACGUUCUGUUGACAGUAGAUAUCUAUCUACACCACUUCUUAGUGCAGAAGACGAAAUUUCUUUUAAAUUCGCGCUGAAAUCUUCAGAGAUGGGUGCGGAACAUAUCAUUCCGCCGUCUGAAUUAAAACGACAGUCAAUAACUGUUUCUAAAAUUAAACCAACCACACCUUUGCAUUGGUCUUUCCAAGCUACUUCAUCGGAAAGGCAUUUGUCGUCUUCAUCCGUUGUACAUAGUAUAACUCCAACAGAAUCAUUUGUAAUGAAUAUGUCGACUGUCCAGGCUUCUCCUGAUGUGUUACAUGGUACCUACGAUGAGUGGACUCCGUGGUCCGACUGUUCUAGAAAAUGUGCAAGAGGAUCAAUGAAUCGGCAGAGAAAUUGCGUAUUUACCCAACAAACUUCAAAUAGUUCAAAUGAUGUAUGUUCAAUAGGAGAAUUCGUGAAGAAAGAAUGCGUGGGAGUUUGUCAUGGUACCGGAUUUUAUUUGGCUGAUCCUGGAAUGUCCUGCAGAAGCUUCUGUGAACAUAAAACUCUCUUGUGCUCAUAUGAUCUUGAAGUGGCAAAUGGAAAUAUUGCUUUUCGAAAGGUACUUUUGGACUACACACUAGAUGAUGUCGACAUGUACUGGUUUCACGAGUAUGCACCGUAUUGCGUGAAUGGAUUAUGUUCCGAAUUUCUUAGUAUUCCCGAAAUUAUCAGUUGCGAAUCAAAGCCACCUUUAAAAGCACAAAGAUUAUGUCGUUGUGUAACUGAAGCUGACUUUGGUUAUGGACCGUGGUCUUCUUGGAGUCAAUGUUCCAGUACCUGCAUGGGUUACAAAAAAAGGUAUCGAACGUGUUAUGAUUUUUGUACUGGAAAGUCAGAACAAACACGUCGAUGUAAUCGAAGACCGUGUCCCAUUCAUGGUGAAUUUUCAGAAUGGACAGCUUGGUCGAAAUGUGACAAAAGUUGCAAUUUUGGGACUUCCCGUCGAUCGCGCAAAUGCGACAACCCAGUACCAGCUUAUGGUGGCUUAGAUUGCUACGGUUCGUCGUUCCAAACAAAAGAAUGCAAUCCGCAAUAUUGUCCAGUUGAUGCAGAGGUUGGUGAAUGGACAAUAUGGUCUGCAUGUGACCAACCUUGUAAUGACGGUUGGAUGAUUCGCACAAGAGAAUGCGUCAAAGGAAUAUAUGGCGGCGUAAGAGAGUGUACUGAAAAAUUAAAAGAAUUUAAAAGAUGCUUCAAUAACCCUUGCCCUGAGGCAAGGGUCAACUUUAACAUCACAAUAGACGCCGUUUAUCAACCAGAACUAAGUAACACUAAUAGUGAAAGCUUUCGAAUUCUUGAAAAGAAUAUCCAGAACCAGGUGCUUUCGAUGUACGAUGAACAGUUUCAAGAUUCAAUAGAAGCUGUAAUACUCCUGUCAGCUAGGAAAGGAAGCAUAGUGACGAAUUUUACCAUAAUUUACAAAAGCCUUGAUUCAUAUCAACUAGUAUUUUUACAAGACAGCAUUGAGAAGGAAGAAAGUGUCGGCAAACUUCCCUUGAUUGAAGGAAAGAGUCAUUUUUACAUUGAAAGCAACGUUCCCCAAUAUGCACCUACUGGAAUCAAACUUAAAUCCACGUCGCCAACGUCAAUUCAAUUAUCAUGGAAUGAAGUUGAUAAUGCAGUUGCAUAUGUUGUAUGUUUUCGCAAGAGGUUACAACUCUCUGAACCAUAUCAAAGGUAUGCAGCUGCGACCUCGCCAGCAAUCAUAUCAAACCUGGAACCAAGAACGGAGUAUGUAUUUAGAAUACUUGCUUAUAACCAUAAAGGUAAUGGCUUUCCAUCCGAACAGAUAGCAUUUUCUACUCAAGGCAAAGCACCUGAUCAAGCACCAACGAAUCUCCACAUCCACAAUUUAAAUUCAACUUCUCUUUUCCUGGAAUGGGACAGACUCUACAAAAAUGAAAUCCCAAUAUCUGGUUACAAAAUAGUAUAUUAUGACUACAACGUAAAUUUGUGGAUAGAUAAAACGGAGGACCAUUACGUUUACAUUUCCGAUCUUACCCCCGGCUUUACGUAUGAAUUUGAAGUGUGUGCAUAUAAUGACGCGGGUGAUGGACCGUCUGAACGAAUUCUAACUACUAUUGUAGAAAAGCCAAUUGUGAAGGUAGAACUUGCUGAAUGCAAUACCCAUAAUACUAUCACUGUAAAAUGGAAACCACCAACUGGUAAACAAUCAGUAGAUGAUAUCCUUGGAUACUUGAUAGAAUACUACAAGGUGGAGGAUGAACAACUGAGAACGGAGGAGAGAUACGAGCAUCAGUUUCUUCUUCAUCCCCAAAUAGCUGAACAAGUUCUACCAAACCUAAAUCCCAAUACAGAUUAUCAGAUUGAUUUCAACAUUGUUCAAGAUCACUUGGUGUUUUUGGAGAAAACGUUGACAGCAAGAACAUGUCGCUGCCCACCUGUUGUAUCCAUCAAUUAUUACAUUGUCAAACCAUACGUUUAUCUUGAAGACAACGAGCUCCGUGGAAUAUUUGCUGAACUUCUUGACGAAAUGAUUGAUUUUGCUUGUGGAGAAUGUCCCUGUAAAUUAAACGUCACAAUGACAAGUAUUGACAAAGACCGUGAUGGAAGAGGGUCACCUGCGCAAAAAUCAACCCUUGAUAAAGUGAUCCGAGAAAUAGACCAGUUUACGGAUCUAUCUUUCCCUAUAGUCGGACAAAAAACGUUAAAAAAUUAUUUAGAAAACGAGUAUGUUCCAUUAGUUGACCACCCAGGUGUAGUGUUUAUUACAAAGGAUAAAUCAGUCAAUGAAGCUGUAGUCAGCAUGUUAAUGGUAAUGUCAAAUGUGAUUCCGUUGAUCGCGUUGAACAUGUUGUUCAUGGUGGUGGUGGGAAUGUUGAUGUGGUUCAUUGAAGGUUAUCAUCAGAAUGGUCACACUGACUUUUCUGAGAGAAUAAUAAAAGGUCUGCAAGAUUCUAUCUACUGGGCGUUCAUUACCCAAGGAACACACGGGUAUGGUGACUACGUUCCACGUCAUUUUAGAAGUAGGCUCCUUGCCAUGGUUUGGAUCAUAAUCGGUUUGGUUUUAACGGCGCUAGUUACAGGUGCUAUCGUGUCCGCUAUUAGCAGUGUGGAGUAUUCCUCACAAAAAAAUAUUUAUGACACACAUAUCGGCGCCUUGAACGGGUCGUUUGAAGAAAUGUUUGGAAUUCUUAGAAAUGGCAAAGUGAAUCGAAAAGCGGUUUAUACAUCAACUUCACAGCUUGCGGAUGCGUUGAUCGACGGGGAAAUAGAUGGUAUUCUAGUUGACGCUUACACAGCCGGGAGUAACAGGGAAGAUUUUCAACGCCCUAACUUACGCCCGACAAAAAUGUUAAAAUACCCUAGAACGUAUGGAUUCGUAGUGUCUGGUGAUCUGAAAAACGUGGCGAAUGCAAUGAGAGACUUUAUUCGAAUCAAUGAAAAACGCAUAUUAGACAGUCUGUCAAUGAAUACUCAUUUGAUGGAGCCGGUUUCGUUGAACGAGCCAACAUCAGUAUUUAAUCCGACAUCAAGCGUUUUUAAAUCCGCUAUCAUUGCGCUCUCCAGUAUGUUGAUGUUUGCUUCUUGCGUUGGAAUGGUGUACACGUGUUGUAAACGAAGUCGAAGACGAAAAGUUGCAGCAGACGCUAAAGCUUUAAAACGACUUCAGAAAACGGAGAAUUUAAAAGACAUUCUUCAAACCUUUGCUUCAUCGUUUCAAAAUAACUGCAAGGAAUUAGCCAGGAAGCAUGAUUUACAAAGAAUUAAGCUUUAUCGUGCCAUACUGUCUGGAGAGAGGGUAAACACCAUGGGCACGAGGCCGAACACAUCAACUCGAAACGCAUGGUUCGUACCGGAAGGAAAAGAAGAAGAAAAACGGUUCGAUGGCAGAGGGGAGGAUAACCCAUCAUUUAGUGGGAUGGAGGUAAAGAAAUGUCAACAAGCUUUACCGAACACACAAAAUGAUUUCGAGGAGAUGACAGUGAAAACAAAAUUUGGCGAUGUGACAUGCUAUGAUUUAUCACCUCAACCAACGACUUUAGUAACAGCAGAGGGAGAAGAAACGAGACAAGAUAACAAGACGAAAUGCACAGGUGACAAGCAGAAGGGUAAUUUAUCAUGUAGUAAGAAGAAGCAAGAUUACAAAAAACUGAUACCGUGGUACUAAGUAUGGCGAUGUGACAUUUUACGAGUAAUAAUGUGUUAAGUAAUGAUGUGUUUUUAAAUGUAAUUAUAUUACCAUGACUUGAAAGUACAGUCCUUGUUGCAAUUAUUAUUAUUAUUAUUAUAAAGCAUA